CUUUCCAUUUUGUUUUGUUUCUCAAUUUUCUAUUUAAAGACACCUAAAACAAAAUGAAGAAAACAAAGAUUAUUUCUACAAAGUAAACUCAUCUUAUUUUGAUUGUGAUUUCGAGUUACUAAUUCGUUAGACAUGAAGAUCAUUUCAUGGAUACUUAUCGCCAUCAUCAUGAUCUUGGCAUCAUUUCCUGCUCCGAUCAAAGUCGUUGGUGCCAAAAAAGAGCUACCAUUUUGCAAUUUGGAGCUUCUACCUUGCGUUGAACCCUUUCUUGUUAACGGUCGUGGAGGCAAAUUGCCUAAAGGCUGUUGUGAGAAAAUGAAAAAGUCAACAUCAUGUAUGUGUAGAUUUCUUACGGCCAAGGAACAUAACCUAAACGCAGCUGCUCAUAGAAUAUUCUGGUUUUGCCAUAUUUCCGUCCCUAAUUGUCCAAAAAUCUAGAGAUUAUAGGUUAUGUUCCUCUGCCAUAAUUAUGAUACUUUGGUUAAUUGAAGCUCGACUUGUGUGAGACACAAGCUGAGUUUCAACAUAUAACUUUUUAAGGGGCAAAUUAAUCUCUUACUUUAUUCUUCUUUAGUACAUAAAAAGAAGUUGUAACUAACACAAAAACAUGAUGAAUUUGUGAAAUGAAUAAGUGCUCAAAUUCGAGCUAGGAGAUCGUGGAUUAAGAAAUAUAUUUUCCGGCGAAA